GCUUUUGGAACUUAAACUUGUGUGUUUUUAACGCUAUAGGCAUUAUAGGGGUGAUGUUUCUAUGAAAAAUCCAAUGUUGUGACCUUAAAAGCUAAAAAAAGAUUUUCUCAAAAAUGGGGCUGUACAGAGUUUUCCUACUAUUCCAUUUAACCUACGUCUUCAUUAAUACCGGAAUGAACUUUUAUUGCAAAAUUUAUGGAUUGGAUGUACAGUCUCAAACACCCUGGCCAGUAUACGGAGUACAGGCGUCUGCAACAUGUCCAUGUGAAAUAUGCGCAUCAGUAACUCUCUGUCGUAAUAUGGGCCACAGUAUUGUCCCAGUUGGAAUACCUACUAAUCAGUUAACCAGGCUAUUACUAAGCGGGAAUCAAAUUGUAACCCUACAUGGAAACACCUUUCGUGAUAUGAAUACACUGAAAAGUCUCUAUCUGGAAUACAACAACAUUAGUACGAUUGACAAGAACGCAUUUUCUGGUCUUUACAGCUUAGAAGCGCUACAAUUGGAUAAUAACCAAUUAGAAUACAUACACAAAGGGACAUUCCGAGGACUUAAGAAUUUAACAAAACUUUUCCUAAACGACAAUCGACUGGCAACCUUUCCUGGUGAUAUUCCGUAUCUAAGGAAACUUGAAAGACUGACCAUAGACAAUAAUAGAAUAAGAAGAAUCCCUUGGACUAGUUUCACCCGGUUAAAACAGCUUCGGUUGGCAAAAUUAUGGAACAACCGAAUGUCUUGUGAUUGCAACACUAAUGAGUUAUUGAGAUGGUUUACGAGGCCCACUGGCGGACGUGGUAUUAAAACCGGGAGGAAGUUGGAGUGCACGCAAGAGGGCGCUGUUAGUUGCACAACACCAACUGUGACUGAUAUUCGAUUUCGUGCCAAUAACAGUGGUGUACAUAGGCUAGGCGAUGACGCUGUUGUGUAUUGUGACGUGGAGGGUGACCCUCACCCUUUAGUUAGCUGGAGGACACCGGUAGUGGGAUUCGUGUUUCCUUACCAAGAGGAUAGAGUGACGGUAUAUACCAACGGGACACUAGUCGUGAAAAACUUGACUCGAAGCGACAGUGGGACCUACGUAUGCUACGCCCAGUUAAGCAGCACAACUACACGAAGUCAAAGACCGACCACUAUACGAAUUAUAAACGCAAUACCUCCAAUGGUUUCUGUUCAAAACUCAAACGUGAAGGUAAACGUCGGUGGUCGAGCAGAAAUGACGUGUCAGGUGCUUUCCGGUGAUCCGCUUCCAGAGAUCACGUGGUUUGCCCCUGGUCACGUGACGCCACACGGUCCAGAUAAUUUCACCGACCAAAGUCACGUGCUUAGUAACUCUGGGGCGACGCUAGCGGUUGUGGAAAGUAAGCAGCAUGAUAAUGGCUGGUGGAGAUGUGUGGCUACGAACGUACAAGGCACCUCGGAAGGCAGAAUAAGACUGACAGUAAACACCGAAUCAAAGAACAACACGAUGAUCAUUAUAAUAGCCGCUGCAGCCGCCGCUGUGGUGCUUCUGAUUAUUGUCAGUGUAACAGCAGCUAUUUGCAUCAGAAGACGAAGAAAGAAACGAAAAAAAGAAAAAUCAAAAAUAGACAACAACAUCCAGGAGCCAGCGGAGGAAAAAAAUCCUCCGGAAGAGAUUAUAGAAGAGGAAGAAGACCAAGCAUAUGAACCAAAGUUUUUACCGGGGUCAGAACAGUUACAACAACCUUAUGAAUAUGAGCCAGAAGUUCGCGGGUUUAGAUUAUGACCAACAAUGUAUAUUGUAACAAACCGCUUUAAACAGUACAGCUACAAGAUUACGUAUUAUAUAGUGAGGUGGGGAAGAUGGGACACUUUUUCAUUCUGUUUUCUUGUCUCAUUUGGUAGUAAAAAAAGAACAUCCAAAUAAUUAUAAAACCGUAACCUCACGACUCCCAUAGACAUUUGUUAAUUCUUUUAAAACACGAUCAUGAUAUUUAGAUAUUAUGUGUUAAAGGUGUACCAUCUCACCCCACAGUACUAUAUAUUACUAACACUACUAACAAAUCCCUUUUCGUAAAACUUUCCAAAGUGACAUAUCAAUAUCUUUAAAAAACUCAACUUCCAAAUUCGGUGCUGAAUUUUUAUUAAGUGGUAAUCCUCCCAAACUUACACUUUGCUAAUACUACCAUUGACUUCUUUCUCCUAAACCUUCAUAUAACGGUAUAUAUUUAUCUCUGAAAAGCACAAUCUGUACUACUAAAUUCGGUAAACUUUUAUUAAGUGGUAACCCUCCAGAAAACUUUACUUUGUUCUGGAUGUAACCUGACGUAAUUGUUCUAACUUUCACAUUUCUUUCCAAUUUCCUUUUUACUAUUGCUGCUGUUUCUGCUACAAAACAUGUGGUUUAGUCGUGGUACAGUGUGAGCGUUUCAUUUAAAAGCAUAAUUCCUUGUAAAAAAAGGUAUGUCGAAAUAUAAUUUUUUUUUAAAGAUUCUAGCCCCUUUUCUUUCUAUUUAAAUAUUAUGUUCCUGCAGUAUUUUUCAAACAUGUUACAAAUUCGUGUGGAAAUAAAACAUCUUUUCAAUAUGGGUUACGUUCUAUCGCGAUGUGCGAAGCGUCCCAGAUCUGCGCUAAGAGAUUUGGGAUGUGGGACAGAGUUUGCCUUAAAGCACGUCGCAAUGGCGUUUACAUUAUAGUUUACGUGUUUAGUUUCCUGACCACGAAAGCACAAAAUCCGUUUG